AUGUCGUUCCUUUCUGGCAGCACAAAAAAGGUGUCGGUGUACGGUCGAAAGGCGGAAGUUCGGGUUGUCAAUCGUCACAGCGCUUUCACCACGCUGGACGCAGACGAGAACGACUUAUUUGGCUUCUUCAACUCGCAAGCCAAGCCCAAAUCCACAUAUGGACGAUCACGAGCUUCUUUGUUAGCCUCACAGCUGCAUGCCACUGCCGAAACAGAAACAUCGGAAGCAGAUGACACACUCGAAAGCCAGUCGGAGACAGGUCAGAGUGCAGCAUACGACACAGCCAACACCAGCGCUUCUUUUCACUCGGCAUGCAGCUCCUCUUCCUCCCCAAAGCCAGCAAGCAAGAGCACAUCAGGGGCACAGAGAACAGCACCAGCGAGUAAAGCGCUCAACAGCAAGGAUGCAGCAACGCAUAAGUCCACCUCGAAACCCGCCAAGGCCGCAGUCAUCAAGGUGCAGGACGAGGCAAUGGUCAACGCCACGCCGAAGUCAAAGCGUGGAGGACCAAAGCGUGGGCCAACUGACUCCCCGCAGACGGUUCGAAAAGCUCCAAAGCCUAAAGCAUCAGCAGCUAGCAGCCUGUGCGCUGUAGUCCUCCCCAUUGAAUCAACGCCGCCGCCGCCAGCCCAGCAAACCGGACGAGCUCCACGCAGAGCCGCCCAAGCAGCUCGCAUAGCCAUCGAGGACUACGACUUCUCCGAUAGAGACAUGACGCCACGUCGUCCUGUUCCCACCAAGUCUUACUUCGUGGAGAAAGCGAAGCAGCUGGCUGAAUGGGCCCUCGAGGAUGAGCACGAGCAACAGCAAGCCAAGCAGGAGGUUGCACGAAGCAUCAAGACAUCAGCAUCAACGGCAUCAAAGACAUCUCGAAAGUCAAUGGCAGCCAGACCAAGACAUACCUCUGCCCGUGGCUCUUCCAGAGCAUCUGCAUUUACCAUCUCGGAUUCGUCUCUAUCCUCUGCUACCGGCGCAUCAGGCUCGUCUUUCGAAGGUGGCAGCACAAGCGGGUCUUCAUUCAGCUUGGUCAUCCCGAGACACGACGAUUCGAACGAUCUAGCAUCCAAGAGAAGCGCUGCCAAAGCCUUGAAAGCAAAACAGAACAAGCGCGUCACACGCCGAAUCGCCGCUUCCAGUGACGACGAAAACGAAGAUCACAACAAUGCCGACGAGCUCGGAUCCGACGACGAAGCUGGCCAAGAUCCUGCUUUGAAGCUCGCAGCUCAAGUUGCAGACCUCGCAGUAGUACAUGCCGAUGCCGUUGACAAUUAUCUCUCUGAUUUGCUGGACGCAGUCUCGCAGUCCAAGCCAGAAUCAUUCUGCGACACUGUCCAACGUCUCCGAACAACCAUUACUCGUUCCACAUCGGGUGCAGCUAAAAUGACGAAAACGAGACGACGCAUCGAGAAGAUCGGCGAGGCCAGCUUCAGCGAAGUUUUCAAGAUCUUUGCUCCCCCAACCGCUACCUCAACCGCGACGCCCGGACAUGACGAGGCGUUGGUGCUGAAGGUCAUUCCCAUUGCUAGCACUGCUGUAUCAAACGACGACGAGGACCUUCCGUUCUCCUCCCCUGCCGUCGACGUCGAUCGGGAGAUUCGACUGAUGCAGCUGAUCGAACGAGAAUCUGCGUGCACAAAAACUGACGCCUUCGUCUCCCUCCGUUCAGCACACGUCGUCAAAGGAGCAUACCCUUCAGCCCUCCUACAAGCUUGGGAUCGAUGGGACACAAAGCGAAGAGCAAAGGCCGGCGAAGGCGCAGAAAACAUCCGCCCUGACGUUUUCGGCAGUCAACAAGUCUAUGCGCUACUAGUCAUGACAGAUGGCGGUAUGGACUUGGAGAGCCUUAAAGUCAAGUCUUGGUUGCAAGCCGCUUCGAUCUUCUGGCAGGUUGUUACCGGACUGAGCGAGAUGGAGUCUAGGAUCGAGUUUGAGCAUCGCGAUCUGCAUUGGGGCAACAUCUUAGUUCAAGCCGUCACUUCCAGCGAGCAAGCUUCGAGGCGCAGCAGUGUUCUGAAUUUGCUUCUCGACCCCAGAAUCUCAGGCGUAAAAGCAACAAUCAUCGACUUUACUCUUUCCCGCGCUACCAUCCCUCCGGCAUCCAAGGGCAGAAGCAAGGAAGCAGAAGUGCUGCACUACCCAUUCGACGACGAGUCGCUUUUCCAAGGUUCCGGGGACCCGCAAUUUGAUGUAUAUCGCGAGAUGCGUACUGUCACCAGCGGCGACUGGAGCAGUUACACUCCGAGCACAAAUAUGCUCUGGCUGCGAUACCUCGCACACAAACUCAUCAAAGUUAAGUGCAAAAGCUGCAAGGCUCCUAAGUCGGCAAGCGAAGAGGGUGAAGCAGAUGCGUAUACUUCACUGCAGAAUGCGGCUGCUCGUCUAGAUGAAGCGGCGGAGAAUGUGCUUGGGCAGAAGCAGGGAAGGAGUGUGAAGCCGACAGCGGGAAGGAAGUCACUUCAUCCUCGCUCCCGCAAGUCAGUCGCAGCACCUGUUGCGGCCGGAGGAGCGAGGAGAGGAAGAGCUACUACAGCUGUCACUCCACUGCUUCAUGCGCAGAUAGAGGAUGCGGUGCAGUCUGCAGCUCAAUUAAUGACGCUUCUCAACUAG